UGUUGUUGUUGUUUUUGAGGUUUUAACGAUGCAUUUGUACACUGGGAAGGCUGGUAUCAUUGAAGCAUAACAGAAAUCGAGUUUUCGGAUUCCUUCCUUAUUUCUUGGAAUUUUCAGUUUUGUUUAAUCGUGAGAUGUUAAAGCAUUUUUAAGUACUCAUUGAUAACCGAUAGCAUACUUGUGUUGGCUAUUUGUAUAUGUGGGUGUUUGAAUUUGUAUUUUGCUGCUAUUAUGCUAUAUCCAAAUUAAACAACAUGUUGUGGUGUAAAUUUUCUUUUUCCAGGAUGGUUAUAUACUUAUAUGUCCAAUUGAUGUUUAAUUACUGCGUGCAUUUCAGAAUGCAAUAACUCAAUUCUGAACAUAUUUGGAUGCCGGGUACGCAAUCCUUAAGUAAGAUAAAGGAAAGUAAUAGUUUGUUGAACCACAAUCAUUUCCUCAGAAAAAGAAGGAAACAAAUAACAACAAAUAGAGUAAAUAAUUUCAUUUCAUGUAUAUCCCUUCUUUUUUCUAUUUUUGAAGUUACUCUAGCAUAUAUCCCUGAUAGCCUAGGAUUGAGGCGUAAUAGUAGUAGUUGUUGAAAGCCGUUCUUGUAUCAGUUUAUCACCUUCAAAAGAUUGACUAAGAAAAUAGUACACCUAACCUUUUGUGUAUCGAUGUCCUUACCACCAUCUUUUUAUAAUGUAGUCUGUUAACUUUUGCGCGUUGAUAAUCCUUACCACCCUCUUUCUGAAAGAUACUCCCUCCGUUUCAAUUUGUUUGUCUUAAUAUUCUUUUUAGUUUGUUUUAAAAAGAAUGCCUCUUUCUUGAUUUGGCAACUCUUUAAUUUCAAUAUCCCACAUGGCAUAUUUAAGGCCACAAGAUUAAAGGGCAUUUUGGUACAUUAUACAUAUUUUUCGUUUAGGACCACAAAAUUCAGAAGUAUUCUUUACUUUCUUGAACUUCGUGCCCAGUCAAACUAAGACAAAAUAUUGAAACGGAGGGAGUAAUUAAAUUUGACGGAUUGAUUUACAAGCUCAACUCAUUUUACUAGUUAGACAAAGAAAAAUAAUUUGAAGGUGCUAAGCAUAGCUUUUGAAUUAAGUAAAGGUACCAUCGGAUUAAAAAUUAGAGGAAGCAAUAAAUAUACUUUAGCUCUUGUUUUUCCUUUUCCUUGUAGGCAUCCUUCACUUCUGGUUUUUUUCCUUUUCCUUGCCACCUUGAGUCUUCCUCUUUAGAAUUCCAUAAGAAUUAUAUCAUUGUUACUCCAUUUUCGGAUGCACUCUCAUUUUGCUGUAUGAGUAUCAUAUGUGAAAGUAAAAAAUGUGCAAAUGCAAACAUGAAUGGUAUUAAAAAGGAGAAAUUUACAUGUCUGUGAAGUCAGGGGGACAGUCAUCUCGAAAUUUUUUGGGAUUUGAUUAAUAUGCAGAGCAAAAAUCAAAUUCCCCAUAUGUGCAUGCUGUUGUGUUUGAAGCAAUGUUUCAGAGAGGAAAAAUGUGCUCUUCAUCUGUAGGAAGAUUUACCUAGCAUUAGGAAAACUUAUCUCUUUAAUGAUACUUAGAGAGUCUGGGGCUAUUUUAAGUAAGUCCCUUGUAGUAAGCCAGUGUUAAAAAUCCUGAUGUUUCAAAGAAUAAAUUAUGGGUUACUGAGUUACGAUAUUCCUAACCUUUCAGGUUACUCAAAGCAUGAUUCGUUAAGCUUAGUCUAAUUAUUCUGUGUUAUAUAUGGGUUUUCAACUUCAUCUUUUACUGAUCAUUGUUGUUUUUAUUACUCGUUUAUGUCUCUUAUCGUUGUUGCACCCAUGGUGUAAUUUUUUGUUUUCUUCAGUUCACUAGGCGGUCUUGUUUGCAUACUGCAAACACAACACUUAUUUGCUUUCCGGAGUGCCGUUGCAUGAUAGUAUAACACAAUGAAGUGGCUACCGAGGCUAGUAGUAAGUAAAGAAGUAAGAACUUUAUGACUCGACAAAAAUGAGACUUCUUUCACAUCACUUCAGCUCCAAGGAUCUCUUGUCUAUGAUCAUUUGUUCUUCUACUUGGCUGUCAAAGGCCGAGCCACUGCCUGCAUGGUAUAAUUUUAAAUGCCAUUAUCAUCCACAACAUGCAGAGCAAGAUAGAAAACGAAGACAAUCAGAUGAAGAACAAAAACAGAACAAGAAAGAAGGACCUUCUAUUGGCUCUCCAGCUCGAAUCCAGAAGCUUAUUGCUUCCCAAUCGGAUCCACUCCUUGCUAAAGAAAUUUUUGAUUUAGCCUCACGAGAACCCGAUUUUCGUCACUCAUAUGCCACUUUCCACACCCUCAUCCUCAAGCUUGGCCGGUCCCACCAGUUCUCCCUCAUGCAGUCCAUCCUCUCUUCCCUAAGAUCACAGCGAUAUUCCGUUUCCCCAUCUCUUUUUUCGCACAUCAUCCAAAUAUAUGGUGAUGCUGGCCUACCUGACAAGGCACUUAAAACUUUCUAUACUAUCCUGGAAUUCAAUAUGAAGCCCCUUCCUAAACAUCUCAACCUCAUUCUUGAAAUACUCGUUACUCACCGAAACUUUCUUCGUCCUGCAUUUGAUCUCUUCAGAUCUGCACAUAAAUAUGGAGUUUUAGCCAACACCGAGUCCUACAACAUACUAAUGCGGGCGUUCUGUUUGAAUGAUGAUUUAAGUAUUGCAUACUCGCUGUUUAAUCAAAUGUUUAAGAGAGACAUCAGUCCUAAUGUAGAGUCAUAUAGGAUUCUGAUGCAAGGUUUGUGUCGAAAAAGUCAAGUGAAUACAGCUGUCGACUUGCUUGAAGACAUGCUGAAUAAAGGUUUUGUACCCGAUGCUUUAAGUUAUAGCACUCUAUUGAACAGCUUGUGUCGGAAAAAGAAAUUUAAGGAAGCUUACAAACUUCUUUGCAGAAUGAAAGUAAAAGGAUGCAAUCCGGAUAUUGUCCAUUAUAAUACAGUUAUUUUAGGGUUCUGUCGAGAAGGUCGGGCUGUUGAUGCCUGUAAAAUCCUCGAGGACAUGCCAUCGAACGGGUGUCUUCCAAAUUUGGUCUCUUAUCGGACAUUAGUUGGGGGUCUAAGUGAUCAGGGAAUGUACAAUGAGGCUAAGAAUUACAUGGUGGAGAUGAUGUCAAAAGGCUUCUCUCUGCAUUUUUCUGUGGUUCAUGCCGUGGUGAAAGGUUUCUGUAACCUAGGUAAAAUCGAGGAAGCUUGUGGAGUAGUGGGGAAUAUUUUGAGUCACGACGAGGGCUUACAUGCAGAUACAUGGGAAGAAAUUUUAUCCAGGAUCCUGGAAUGGGAUGAUGCUGAAAAAGUAGGGAAUAUCUUGGAGGAAGUUGUUAGAGCUGAGAUAAAACCUGAUACGAGAAUAGUGGAGGUUGGCCCUAGGUUGGGUGAAUACUUGAUGAACAGGAUAAGAAGUAAAUCAAGGAAGGGUAUGAUUUCAUAGGACGAGAAUUGGUCCUAUGUAGCUGCUAAAAACCUGCUGUAUACAUGGAAAGGAUGAUUAUGUUUACCUUGAAAGAUAUCAAAUGCACAUGAAACCUGGUAAUGGACUAGUGGUUAAUACAACCCCCAAAGGAAUCUAGUUUCAGAAAGUAAAUUUGAAUUUAUCUUUGCUAACUCGUCUGGCCUGUUCAUUGACAUGUUUGUUUUAGCAAGGUUUCCACAAUUUUCAAGGAAUGAGGGGCGUAAGAGCUGUUGGUUCAAUAGACCUGACAAUCAUGUUGAAAUUCUCAACAUUAUGCCUAAGAAAGAGUGGAGCAACUUUGACAGAGGCAGAAAUGCAAAGACAUGAGUAAUUUGCUAAACUGAUCUUCAAUGUCAAGUUAGGUUGGUUUAUUGUCAUCAAAUAUUAACGUAGGCGUGGAUUCAGAAACUGUGACCCAAUCUACUUUGGUUUUCGUUCCUCUUUGUACCUUCGGGACAUCCGAUAAAAUGAGAACAAUUCAGAGAAGAUUGAUUAUUAUCUUAAAGCAGCAUCAUGGCAUAUGCAUCUCUCAAUGCUUGUGAUUCUUUAAACUUUGGUUUGAGUUCUUGUAAUGUCCUUCAAGUGCCACAUUCUCUUUAAAAAAAUUAUGCAGUAAUCUUGCUAAUCAGUAGUGUCUUCUUCAAACUGAAUUAUUCAUCAGUAGAUAUGGGAAAGACUUGUAUCUUGU